AUUAACUUUAGUCGUUGUAUUAGUCACCAUGAGGCUGGCCAUCGUAAUUUUGUCCCUGUGCAUAGCCCACGGGGCUUAUAGCCAGGGUCUAUUCAGCAGCAUCAUGCGAGCCCCGAGUGAAAUAGCCAACGGAGCCGGGAAUAUACUCUCCGGGAUAUUCGGAGGAGGCAAAUCAGAAGACCCUUGCUCCAAAAAUGUGAUGGAAGAGUACAAAAAAUCCGUCACUGCGUUCCAUAAUAAGUUGUACACAAACAUCGCAGCUCGGAGCGAUAACCACUUCGUGUUCUCUCCGUAUUCAGUCUGGCUGUCUUUAGCCGCUCUAGCUGAAGGCUCCGAUGCGUCAGUCAAGAAUCAAAUCUUGAGCUCCAUCAAUAUGCCCUUACAAUGGUGUCGGAGAAAGAAGUUCUAUGACAUCGCGUUAAACGUUGAACCAGAAGGCCGGGAUGUGACUCUCAAACGGCGGAGAAGUCUGAUCCUCGAUGAAGACGUGAAGGUUCUAUCAUCCUGGGGCCGGCUGAUGCGUUCCACUGGACUUCUGAACUACGCCUAUGCUCCAAUCAAGAGGAAUCCCAGAGCUACUUCCAAAAAAGUGCGUAACUUCAUAGGAACUCGGUCUAAUAUUGUCCUGAAAGGUAACUCUGUUCUUCUGGAUUCAUUGGACUUCAAUGGUCUUUGGACAACGUCGUUCCCUGAAGCUGGUAUUCGCAGUCAGCCGUUUUUCAACGAAUUGGGACAGAAGAUUGGGACUGUUCAAAUGAUGCAUUUGAAGAAGAAGGUGCGGCUAGCUCAUGCUCCUUUCAUGGGGGCCAAGGUUUUGGAACUGCCUGUGGGUACCAACGGCCGGUAUACCAUGCUGAUAGCUGUGGGCACUGGGAACGGAAUCCUGAAGAACGCCAUCGCGAUCUUCAUGGGAUCUAUCAUGGAGAUAUUCUCGCUGCUGCAAAUGAGCUUGUUCCCGCUGGAUGUAGCGGUGCCGAUGUUCCAAUUGUCCUCAGAGUAUGAUCUGCGGCCUGCGCUAGAAGAUACUGGUAUUCGCCAGUUCUGGAGAAACCCAGAAGCCACAAAGCUCGUAUCAAACCCUCCAGCGACUCCCGGCGGUCUAAUCCAGCGGGUGUCUAUCAAGAUCGGCAGCGAGGGCGUUGAACCACCGCCCUCAGCCGGCAAGGGUCUUUUCGAUGGCAUCGCAAACUUAGCUUCAGACACAGCGACUGGUGUUGCGUCAGCCGUUGGUCAUGAGUUUACUGCUGACAGACCGUUCAUGUUUGCUCUAUUUGAUACGGAAACUAGGACCUGCUUGUAUGCGGGAGCGUUUUCGAGACCUAAUGCUAUGAAGAGGUUGUAAAUGA